AUGGCAGCGAAUUCAGGCAUGGUCAAUCCGGCCAUCUUCCAAGAUCUUCAGGCGCGCGUAGACGAAGACACUGCGACCCGGGAUGAGCUGCGCGACAUCAUUCAGGCGCUUGAGAAGCACAACCGCAAUGUCUCUUUCGUGCUGUCGAGAGCCCACUCGACGCCGGUCAACGAGCUACCCGACAUCCUCAAAGCUGCACAAGAGCCUAUCGAAAAUGUAAUCGACACCGUCGGCAAGCUGUCGCAGGCUGCGUCAAAGAUGCCGUAUUACAAGUUCAACAACAUGUGGAGCCGUCAGAUGCAGGGCGCAUGCGAGAGCGCUCUGUUCUGGGGCUGGCUCGGCGGCUACAAGUACGAUGGUGGCGAGGUACAGUGCGGCCGUCUCUUGACCAUCGAGGAGCUCGGCGAGAUCUUCAAGAUUCCCGUGAACCUCAAGGACCGCGAUGAGUUCCACCUCUCGCUCGAAGAGUACCUCCAUUCUCUCAUGACGCUCGUCGAAGAACUGACACGUCUCGCACGUAACGCCGUCACUCUCGGUGAUUACGAGCGUCCGCUUCUCAUCAAUCAGUUCGUCAAGGACUUGCACGCAGGUUUCCAGAUCCUCAAUCUCAAGAACGACAGCUUGCGCCGCCGUAGCGACGGACUGAAGUACAGGGUUAAGGACGUGGAGGACGUGGUCUACGAUCUUUCUUUGAGGAACCUGUUGCCGAAGAAGGGCGAGCAGAAGCAAUAG